AUGAGGUUCAUGGGGCCUGAAGAAGAUGGGAUUGUUGCGGUCUCAAGGACUCCUAGGCUCAGCCUUAUAAGCAUAUUUGCAGCUGGGGAUUCCCCAUCGGAUGCUGCUUCCCCUUCCAAGCAUAGAGAUGAAGAGGCAGAUGGUGGUGGCAAAUGCACACAAACCAAUGGUCUCGACUUUCAGAAGCAACCUGUGCCUGUUGGAGGAGCAAUCUCAACAGCCCAGGCCCAGGCUUUCCUUGGACAUCUCCAUCAGGUUCAGCUCGCUGGAACAAGUUUACAGGCUGCUGCUCAGUCUUUAAAUGUACAGUCUAAAUCUAGUGAAGAAUCGGGGGAUUCACAGCAGCCAAGCCAGCCUUCCCAGCAGCCAUCAGUACAGGCAGCCAUUCCCCAGACCCAGCUUAUGCUGGCUGGAGGACAGAUAACUGGGCUCACUUUGACACCAGCCCAGCAACAGUUGUUACUACAGCAGGCCCAGGCCCAGGCCCAGCUGCUGGCUGCUGCAGUGCAGCAGCAUUCAGCCAGCCAACAGCACAGUGCUGCUGGGGCCACCAUCUCAGCCUCCGCCGCCACGCCCAUGACGCAGAUCCCCCUGUCUCAGCCCAUACAGAUUGCGCAGGAUCUUCAACAACUACAACAAUUUCAACAGCAUAAUCUCAACCUGCAACAGUUUGUGUUGGUACAUCCAACCACCAACUUGCAACCAGCACAGUUUAUCAUCUCACAGACGCCCCAGGGCCAGCAGGGUCUCCUGCAAGCGCAAAAUCUUUUAACGCAACUACCUCAGCAAAGCCAAGCCAACCUCCUACAGUCGCAGCCAAGCAUCACCCUCACCUCCCAGCCAGCAACCCCAACACGCACAAUAGCAGCAACCCCAAUUCAGACACUUCCACAGAGCCAGACAACACCAAAGCGAAUCGAUACACCCAGCUUGGAGGAGCCCAGUGACCUUGAGGAGCUUGAGCAGUUUGCCAAGACCUUCAAACAACGAAGAAUCAAACUUGGAUUCACUCAGGGUGAUGUUGGGCUCGCUAUGGGUAAACUGUAUGGAAAUGACUUCAGCCAAACUACCAUCUCUCGCUUUGAAGCCUUGAACCUCAGCUUUAAGAACAUGUGCAAGUUAAAGCCACUUUUAGAAAAGUGGCUAAAUGAUGCAGAGAACCUCUCAUCUGAUUCCUCUGUCUCCAGCCCAAGUGCCCUGAAUUCUCCAGGGGUGGGAGUUGAAGGCUUGAAUCGUAGGAGGAAGAAACGCACCAGCAUAGAGACCAACAUCCGUGCGGCCUUAGAGAAGAGUUUCUUGGAGAAUCAAAAGCCUACCUCGGAAGAGAUCACUUUGAUUGCUGAACAGCUCAAUAUGGAAAAGGAGGUGAUUCGUGUUUGGUUUUGUAAUCGCCGCCAGAAGGAAAAACGAAUCAACCCACCAAGCAGUGGUGGAACCAGCAGCUCACCUAUCAAAGCAAUUUUCCCCAGUCCAACCUCACUGGUGGCAACCACACCAAGCCUUGUGACAAGCAGUACAGCAACUACCCUCACUGUCAACCCUGUCCUCCCCCUAACCAGUGCUGCGGUGACUAAUCUCUCUCUUACAGGCACUACAGACACCACCCCCAACAACACAGCCACCGUGAUUUCUACAGCACCCCCUGCUCCCUCAGCAGUCGCAUCACCCUCCUUGAGUCCUUCCCCUUCUGCCUCAGCCUCCACAUCCGAGGCAUCCAGUGCCAGUGAGACCAGCACAACACAGACCACCUCCACUCCUUUGUCCUCCCCUCUUGGAACCAGCCAGGUGAUGGUGACAGCAUCAGGCUUGCAAACAGCAGCAGCGGCUGCUCUGCAAGGAGCUACACAGCUGCCAGCAAAUGCCAGUCUUGCCGCCAUGGCUGCUGCUGCAGGACUCAACCCAGGCCUGAUGGCACCCUCACAGUUUGCAGCUGGAGGUGCCUUACUCAGUCUCAAUCCAGGGACUCUGGGUGGUGCUCUCAGCCCAGCUCUGAUGAACAACAGUACACUGGCAACUAUUCAAGCUCUUGCUUCUGGUGGCUCUCUUCCAAUAACAUCACUGGAUGCAACUGGGAACCUGGUAUUUGCCAAUGCAGGAGGAGCCCCCAACAUCGUGACUGCCCCUCUGUUCCUGAACCCUCAGAAUCUUUCUCUGCUCACCAGCAACCCAGUUAGCUUGGUUUCUGCCGCUGCAGCCUCCACAGGGAACUCCACACCUGUAGCCAGCCUUCAUGCCUCCUCCACCUCAGCUGAGUCCAUCCAGAACUCUCUCUUCACAGUGGCCUCUGCCAGCGGGGCUGCUUCCACCACCACCACCGCCUCCAAGGCACAGUGAAUUAGGCACGAGCUGGGCUGCCACAAGUCUUUGCAACAUGAUCAGGCUGCCAGCCAGUUAAUAAACUGACAAAUGUGAUUGGCUUCCUCUCACCAUGUUGCAAGGGCAAGAGAGACAAGGGAGAGAAGAAAAAAAUAAAAUAAAAUAAAACCAGAAAAAGGAUGGAGACAGGAGAACAUUUGCCUAAUUUUGUAAUAAAACACUGUCUUUUCAGGAUUGCUUCAUGGAUUGGAGAACUUUCUAACCAAAUAUUAAAAAAAACAAAAAAAAACAAAAAAAAAAAACAAAAAACAAAAAUAAGUGAAAGGACUACUUAUCAUUUCCAGCAGUCAUGAUGACACGUUAAGGGUGUCUCUAGACUACAUAAAUGAGCCUAUUGAAAAGGAAGAGCUUGUGAAAAUGGAUGAAGAGGAAAGAGGGUAAUUUAGAGAUUAAAUUCCCCUUUUUGCCACUGUCCUGUUACACUAUCUGUACCAAAACUUUCCCAAAAGACUGGAUCACUGCAGUGCUCAUCUUAGUUCCCUUUCUUAUUGGAGUUAAAGGUUCCCAUUUGAUGUCUGGGGGUGCUUGCUUAAAUCUCCUGUGGUCUGCACUUUGUCCCCUUUUUGAACUGGGGGUUGAGAGAGCUUACAGGUGAUUUUCCUCCUGAUUGUUUUGCUUAUGUCCACAAGAGAGCUUGGAUUCCAUGUAUUUGUCUCUCUGUUGCUCAGAAAGGCGGUAACACAGUCACAAAUGUGUACCUUUUUUUGUGAUCCAAGUGGGAGACAGUCUUAAUACUAAAAGUAAGAAACAUUUUAGUCCCCUUUUAAAUUUCCCUUUAGUUCCUUGUCUUGUUUUAUUUCUCAAAGUAUUUAAUUAUCAUCCCUAAAUUUCCUUUUGCCUACUACUUUCCCUAAAAUCCCUCUAAAAUCAGUGAACUGCAAGCAGGGAAUCUAACAAAUGCCCAUCCACCUUUUUUGUGUGGUGUGUUUUUCUAUGUUUUUUUUUUUUUAAACUAAGCUUGAACCAAAGUCAAUUUUUAGCAAGCUGCUGUACUAAUGAACUAGUUUGUAACAUGCAGUUCAGACACAUUGAGGAGAUAGAUGCUACUGACAAUUUCCUUUUCAUUGUCUUUAUUAAUUUUAUAUAAAAGUUGCUGCUUGUUUUUAAUCUUUUAUGUUGAUAAAUUGUAAUAUCCUCUGGGCAGACAAUACCUUGAUUUUUAACUAGUUUGUUUAGAUUGGUGUGUAAAUAGAAUGGCAUGUCAGUUACUAAUUUCUCUCCUCUCCAUCAGCUUUUUUCUCUAUUGUAGUUAAAUUUAAUCUUUUAUACUGACUUUACAUCUCUAACUUUAGUCUGAAAAUGAUUUUAGGGUUAUCAACAAUACUGUAGUUGCCCAUAGUAAUGAGUCCCUCCUUUGAGAGUGGAGGAAGUUAGGAGGAAGGAUUCAGGGAGGGAAAUGCUGAUGCCCAACAUACUGCAUUAGAAGUUAUAGUAUGAAUUUCCCAAAAUUGCUACCAAAGGAAAUGUCAAGUCCCAAGGAACUCCAACCCAGUGAGUUAAGAGGACAUAUAAGGAAGACUAUUUUGUUUUCGAUACGAUUUUUUUAAAGAUGAUCCCUUCCCUAAAUAAGAUUCCCCAGCACACUUUAUGAUUAAAGAAGAUAAUAAGCUUUAAAUGUCAGUGCAGUCGUCUUUUAGUUCCUCCUCUGUCUAUAUUCACCAGUCAGUUCGGGAAAAGGGAUUCUGCCUUUUUUACGUGUAUCACCUUAAACCAGCAUAAAAAAAUCUGUGUGGAAAAGAAAAACUAAAUCUUUAGACAAAGAUAAUUUUAAAUUUGUUCUCUUUUAUCAUUAGAAAUAAGUUGUUGUGAAAGGUACUUUACACAUGUACACAUGAAACACUAAUAUAGCUUGCUGGAAAGUGUUUACUUUAAAAUCACCUCCCAUCCCUAGAUAUUCUGUAGAUGAUAUUGUUUCACAAAUACCUUGGUCCUCUUCUGUUUGUUUUAUCUCAUCUUUUUUUUUUAUCAUCUCAAGAAAUACUUCUUGAAUUGAAUGAACUAUCUCCUAAGCUAAGGUACUCAGACUUAACUUUUAGCCACAUUUUAUUGGGGGAGUCUGGAAACUAAAGGGGCUAUUUGACCAAAAAAAAAGAGGUAUUUGUUGCAGUAUCUGAUAUUUAAGAGGAAACACCAGAUAGGCCAUUACAAUUCAUUGUUCAGAUCUCUUCUUCCUCUUAACAGUUAUGCAAGUUUCAUUUCAUCCCUCAAUUUGGUAACACAUAUUAAGCCAAAGACUAAUUUUAAAUGCAUUUAUAGGAAUUCUACAUUUGCCCAUGGUAAUGGGCUCUCCCUAGGGAGUAGUGAAUGUAAUUAUUUAAAUCUGUUAUCAUAAGCGAUGCAGUUUGGUCAUGAACUUUAUUUAUAUACCCUGUGUAAAUCUGAAGGGACAGAACAGAAAGAUCUAAAAAAGGGCUUCUCACAGGAGCAUUAUUGUUCUAAGCUCCGUUAAUUUAAACGUUUCUGAAGUUCUGUAGGCACCUUUUCAGAAUUAUGCCUCUUAACUGAUACAAUACACACUUCCUUUUAUUUAUUGUCUGAAAGGUUAGUACCAUCCCAGUUUAUUCAACUUGUUACUCAAGAAUGGAACCAAAGGAAUCUAACUUUCAUUUGGGGCAUGACAAUACCUAUUUAUACUUCAUGGUAGCUUUAUUAGAAAUUAACAGUUUUUUAAAAGGGAAAAGAACAAUUAAAAGAUUUUUGGUGUGAUCAUCUUGCCAGUAUGUUUUACAUCAUUCAUUUGUUGUGAAAGCACAAUUAUACCUCUUUUUAAUGUUAUUUUGUCCAUUAUUCUUCAUUUAAUUGGAAAGAGGGAAAAAUUCUAUUAUCCAGAAGCACAGAUACUUGCUUGACACAGUAUUUCAAUUCAGCCUAAUCUUUAACAUUAAAUUCUACUUAAGUUUCUGGAAAUGUCAGAUAUAUUGGCAAAUAUAGGGAAUGUAUGUCAGUUUUAAAAGUACAAAAUCCUGAUAGGUAAUACUGCAAUUAGUAUAUAAUAUAUAAUAAACACUUGGCUUAUAGAGAACUCUGUGGUUCAGUCUAAAGUUCUUCCCAAGCCAUGUCAUCCCACAGAUCUCCUACUGACAGCCUGCCAUGGCCCUGAGGAGCCCCACAGACUAGUCUGCAACCUGAUAACCCUUAUUAAAGAAGGGCCUCGAAUUCUAAACUUCAAGAAUUUAAAGUGUACUUACUCUUCAAACUAUUAGAGCUGAAAAAAAAAGAAAAAGACUGCUAGUACUAAUGGGAGAAAAAGGCCUAAAGACCUGAAACUUAAAAUUACCCAUUUGGGCAAGAAUUGAUUAAUUAAUUUACUUAUAACCAUUGAGUUCACUUAUGUAUCCAUGUGUGAACAGCAUUUAUUGGGUCACGUUAUUUGUGAAACUAUAGCCCUGGCACUUUGAAAUCAUUUUCAGACACUUUAUAAAAUGGUAAAUUUUCAUAGUAUUUGUCUUCAACAUUGAGAAGGAAGAAAAUCUUUCCUUGCCAUUCCUCUAGAAGAACAACUAAGAUAUAAGCUUUUGGUAGGUUUGCAUGGACAGCACUCCAACACAAUUAUGGACUUGGUCAGGAAUAGGAUAAAUAAAUUGCUUUCAUCAUUAAAGGCUAUAAGGAAUGCUAUCCUGCCCCAUCUUUUUCUUAAUCCAAAGAUACUGAGACACCUCUGAAAUUUCACUUGAAAGGAUUCUAUCAGGAAAACAGGGAAUGUUUCUCAAGAGUUGUCCAGUUUGCACCCAGUUUUCUAUAUGGUUUGUGAACUGUGGCUUUCUUCUAAGUGUUCUUAUUCAUAGAAUAAUUUCUUAUUCUGGCUUUUCUGCCCUUAGCCUUUGCUAAAAGCAGUACAUUUCAGCAAAUCUUAUGUUAAUACAAUAAUCUUGAUCUCCCUUCCUCUUUUUCUUCCUGUCUUUUUCUCUUUGAAUGGUGGUACCUUAGUCUGUGAGGAUAAUGCUCCUGGGUAACAGCUAGCUUCUGGCACCUUCAUAAAAUACCUCAGCAUAGUUUAACAUUGUUGCAGAACUGGUUUUAAACUAAAAACCAAAUCAAUAAAAGAAAAGAAACUUUAUAAAUAGUGGAAAUAAUUAUAGCUGUAGUAUUUAGUUAAACUAAUGUUUAUUAUGAUUGAUAAACAUGAU